AUGCUCUAUGGUUUUUAUAUCUUCCCUUGCAAGUUGAUUAUGAAUAUACGAAACAACGGCUCCUUAUUCGUCCACGUAUAUUUUGUAAAAAGUGGCUUUUCUCCGAACCCAGAAGCCGGAGAAGGCCUUUACAAUAGGAAAUACACAACCUACAAUUCGCAAAGACUUAACAAAUAUAAGCGUCGCCGAUACAGGAAAACUAGUAACUUGAUCACCGGAGAAACUGAAUUGUCAGAGGAGGAGAUUAUGAAAGCUGAGACCAUGAAAGAAGAAGUUAUUUCACACUGGCAUCCAAAUAUAACUGUCAAUAUUGUGCACGACUUCACACAAUGGACCCAAGGUGCUGUACCCCCUCCUCUCGAUGAAUAUGUACAGUUCACACCUGCUGCAGAUAGAUAUAAACCUAUCACAUUCCUGAACACCUACUGGAACCUGGUGAGAGAUUACCGGCCCAUCAACACCACCACGGAGAUCCUGGACCUGACCAUCACUUUCCAGCCUCUCUCACUGUUCAAGUGGCAGCUCUAUGCAGCCCAAGCCAUGAAGAGCAGAUGGCCCGGCACAGCUAUGUUGGAGGGCCUUGGUGGGGAAGAGGAUGACGAAGACCAAGAUACCAUCAAGGAAGCCUUUUUGGAAACCUCUCCAUACCUGCUGGCGCUCACAAUGGCCGUUUCACUCUUGCACUCCGUAUUUGAGUUCCUCGCCUUCAAGAAUGAUAUUCAGUUCUGGAACAAUCGUCAGAGUCUUGAAGGCUUGUCAGUUCGCUCUGUGUUCUUCAACGUGUUCCAGUCUGUUGUGGUCCUCCUGUAUGUGCUUGACAACGAGACCAAUUUUGUUAUCAAGGUCUCGUGCUUCGUAGGGCUUGGCAUUGAGCUCUGGAAGAUCACAAAGGUUACAAAUGUGUCUGUUAAUAGGGAGAAACGGAUUAUGGGCAUCCCUACACUGAAAUUCACAGACAAGGGAACAUACGUGGACUCCAAUACAAAGGCCUAUGAUGAAAUGGCCUACAGAUAUCUGUCAGUAGUGCUCUUCCCUCUGUUAGGAGGCUACUGUGUUUAUUCUCUCAUCUACCAAGAACAUAAAGGAUGGUAUUCCUUUGUUCUGUCAAUGCUCUAUGGCUUCCUCCUAACCUUUGGUUUCAUCAUGAUGACUCCACAACUGUUCAUCAACUACAAGCUGAAGUCUGUAGCUCACCUGCCAUGGAGGAUGCUCACCUACAAAGCUCUCAACACCUUCAUCGAUGACAUUUUUGCAUUUGUUAUUAAGAUGCCCACCAUGUAUAGGCUGGGCUGCCUUAGAGAUGAUGUGAUCUUCUUCAUCUUCCUGUAUCAGCGUUAUAUCUACCGCGUUGAUCCUUCAAGAGUCAACGAGUUUGGCUUCUCGCAAGACAUGGAGAAAGAGGCCAAGGAUAAGAAAAUGGAAGCGCUUGGCAACGGAUCAACGGCUGCUGAAGGCGAACCGCCCAAAUCUUUAGAGGAAAAGAAGAAAGAUUAAGGCAUUUUACCUCAGUAUUUUCAUAUAUAUGUAUUUAAUCUUACUGAGAUGUACAAGAUAUGUAUGUAGCAGAUGUUUUCUGGUACAAAGCAUAUAUUUGCGUAUGCAGAAGCUUUUCCAUAUAUAGGGAGCCAUUUUUUUAUUUUUAGUCUUAUGUCUGUAUUAUUUAGUGGACAACUCAAUUUUUUUUUGUAGAUUGCUUUUAGAAUAAUGUAAGUUUAUUUUGUAUUGAUUCUCUUGUUUAUGUUGACUUUUUUUUUCUUUUUUUAGGGAAAGUUAUAAUUUACACUGGAAGUCUGUUAGGUUGACUCCAACAGGUCAUCUAUCUAGUCCAUCAGAUGUUUGAUGCUUGGCUGACCUGAUGCAAUGAUGUAGAGCAUAAUAUAAACCAUGGCAGUCCAACUUAGGUAUGAAUAAUAAUGUAACUUUCUUUGCUAAAAAAGAGCAGAUGCACCCAUGAAACUUGUAAGGCCCAUUCAGGAAUUGGCUAUGGAACAGGUGUCUGGAAACUCGGCAGUGAUGUUUCUGUUCAUUGUUACUUUUGUGAUUUUUGGGCUAGAUGUAUAAUUUUUUUGAAAUCAACAGAAUUUCAAAAUGUUUUUGGUUAAAUUAUGAUUGCUCAGAACUUGUGUAAAUCUGAUUUUGUUUUUUCUUUUUCUUUCUCUUGAAAGCAUUAUUUUGCAAUAUGUAUGGAUGGCCAGCCAUGGUACUUACAAAACUGUUCUUAAUCAUCAUAUACGGUGAACCAGUAAUCCAAAGAAAAUAAUUUCACUGUAAACGAGCACUUUAUUCAGUGAACUAAUUGCUCAGAAAAUGUAAAAAAAAAAAGUAUGAUUGUAAAUGAGUAUUUUAUUCAGUGUCUGCUAUAGAGGUAUUUCAAGAACAAAACAAGUGUAAUUAUGAUACCCAAAGCAUAUAUGAGGGUUUAUCUGUAUGCCGUGGGUUAUAUAGCGUAGCAUAUAAGAUCCAUAAGAACUGUGAAUGUUUGGGUAAAAAGUGGCUUGUGUGUAAAAAGUGGAUUGUUUGUAAAUGUGCUGAUGUGAUCACCAUCUAAUACUGUGAGAGUCAGGUUUAACUUAAGUGUUUGAAGUGCUUGUAUAUUUCAACUCAUAGCCAUUGUAAAAUUGAUGUAAAUUUAGAUUGCUCUAUUUUAUACCGGAUAUAAAGCAUGUAUAUCAGUGAUAAUCAUGUUAAUAUAUUUAUUUGGUUUUGCCACAAAACAUAUUCAUAUGGCUCUUUGUUUUAAUGACAUGUAAAGUAUGUCAUAGUUUGACAUAUAUCAUUGUAAUAAUAAAGACUUUAUUAUCACACUAAUGCAAAUGUGACCUUAAAGAAAGUGUAAUGUCUUUCA